CAACUAAGAAUGUAUUAAGUGAACAAAACUAUAUUCAAGAGCGUACACAUACAUCAAAAUAACAAAAUAAAAUAUUAUACUGUAGUGUCUGAACAUACUGUAGUGUCCGUAGCGGGUGUCCAAGGAUACAUUACUGCAGUUGUCACUGCUCAGUAAUAGAGUACUGUAUAGCCGCGGCCGAAAGACUUGUAUUUGUAUUCGUCUGCCACAGUAAUAUUUCCAAAGAUCCCGGUUAUGCCAGACCGAGGUGAGAGUGGCAGCUGGCCCGUGGAGCCCGUGGUGCCCGUGGAGCCCUAAGGGCCCCACCAGUGAGGUCGCCCCCAUCGUCACCGCACAGUUAGCGACCAGCCCCCGAGCUGAGAGCUUGGGGCCCCAGGAAGAUUGCCAAGUACGUCGUACUUGGAGAUCAGAGCAUCUCUUAAGAGGCCCCGAGCGCCAUGUUAGUGUGAUAAGAACCGUGUUCGAGACGCUCAUCACUCGCGUCGGUUAAGGGAAGACAAGAUAGUCGACAAGACAUUCCGGAAAAAAAGCCCUUGAGAAACAGACCUAGAGUCGAGAGACGAAAGCGACAAGUGUUCGUAGCGACUUCCGCCACAUAGUCCAAAAGUGCGUAGCUGGAGGAAUUAGGUAAAAGCGAUGAAGAAGCCAACGACUACGAACGAACGAGUGCCUCCUAUUUAAUCCCUAGCGAGAAGCGAGCUAAUAUCUGGUCUACGGUUAGAGGAAGAACAAGCGACCAGUUCGCUAUAAACUAUCUCUCAACACAUCAACACCCGCCUGCAUCCAGGCCAUUCGCAGCCGUCUGAUCCAGUCAUCUCACUCCUCGGUAAACACUAUAUUUUGGCGCGCCCGCCAGAAACGUGUUUUGGCGGGAACUGCAAGUAGGAUUGCGCAGGAAAUCGUGGAAUAUCCAGGAAAACAGAGAUUUUUCAUCUAGAGAGAGACAAGCAGGAACGGUUCUUGUCUGAAUAUGAAGUGAAGGGGACGACCGCCUCUACGAUACGUGAGACGACGCGUGAGAAGUGUUGGAAGGAGACGAGGCCCCCAAUGCACGACAAAUAGGCAUCCCAAGACGCCUUAGGACGCCUGUAAGACAUCUGCCGGACGCCCUUAGAACGCCAGUAGGACGCACACAUGGCGCCUAGUACCCGAACGCUUAAUGACCUACUAUACCCCUAGCAGAUAUCUUCCUUCGACUAACUAUGAGCAAAAAAUAUGGGCUUGGAAAGACACUCCUGGGCUCCGAUGGGCGCCCAGCGCCUCCUGGGUCUCUCCCCGCGCCUCCCAGGUCUCUUCCCGCGCCUCCCGGGUCUCUUCCCGUGCCUCCUGAGUCUCUCCCCGUGUCACCUGGGUCUCACUUCACGCCCUCGCCAGUCCGACCGCAGAAAACCUGGUGUCUCACAAAGCGUGUUUGGCUCAUGAGGCCGGACUCUGGCUCCUGUGAAGAUACCGAAGAAAACGCGGUGACACCAGAUGGCGGGGAGAUGUCCUCAGAGAACCAACUCGUGUUGUGCGGAUGCAGCCUGGGAGACCGGCACGUUCAUCAAGAGUCAACAACUUCCCCUCUAGCUCUACAACCCAUGACGGACUGCGAACGACCCUCAGCAUUUCGAAAAAUAUGCGAAGUGGCGGAGGUAAUGCAAAACAAUGAGACGGCGACCAGGUUCCACAAGCGCUCGCGAUGGCGCCACCGUCGUCAAGGCUCCUGGCGGCCAGCUGUGACUCUGCUGGUGGUGCUGGCCGCUGUCCUGCGCCCCGUCCUAGCCUGCCCCUCGGCCUGUACCUGCACUCCGCUCUCCACUUCUUCCAGGGUGGGUAGCCCGGGGCCCAGAGAGGGCCGCAGGGCCAAGGGCGGUGUGAGAAUGGCAUGUGUGGGCAUGGGACUGUCGGCCGUGCCCACCACCAUCAACAAUGACGCUCUCGACAAUGCCACCAUCACCAGUAUUGACUUAAGCAUCAACAACUUGACAAGUCUGCCGGAUUUCGCCUUCAAGGACUACCCAUCGCUCGGUUACCUGAAGGUGUCAGGCAACAGGAUCAGCAGCAUAUCUCCCAGGGCCUUCCACCGGCUGCCUCUACACAGCCUGUACCUGGAUAACAACCACUUAAACGGCCUGCUGGCAGGGUCGCUUCCAGAAGGUCUGCUGGAACUCUCGCUGGAAGAUAAUUUCUUCAAUAUGGUUCCCGCCUGUGUUGCCCAGCUGAAGGAUCUGCAGUUUUUGAACCUCGCUCGGAAUAAGUUGACUGGGCUGCGUGCAGAGGACCUGGCGGGACUGCGCGGCAUGACAUCAUUAUCUCUCCAGCAGAACAAGAUAACAGAGAUAGAACCAGCAGCCCUCCAGUCCCUAUCACAACUGCAAGUAUUGGACCUGGCUGAGAAUCAGCUGGUGAAGGUGCCGCCCGCCAUCCUCAGCUGCCCCCAGCUCACUCGACUGCUCCUGGACAACAACCAGAUUACCUACAUAGAGGAAGGAGCCUUCGCGGACCUGUCACGCCUGCAGCAAGUGGUGCUCCAAGGGAACCCUCUCCUGACGGUGCACAGAAACGCCUUCGUGCACCUGCCCUCCCUCACCAAGCUGAUCCUGAAGGAGACGCGGGAGCUGGCGGAGUUCCCCUCCCUCAACGGCACCCACAACCUGGAGACGCUGAGGAUCGACCGGGCCUCCCUCACUUCCGUCCCGGACCACCUGUGUUCCUUCACCCCAAGACUCAGGAGUCUGAACCUCCACCUCAACUCCAUCACCAACAUACCUCUCCUGGAGGGCUGUCACCACCUCAGACUCCUUGACCUGAGUGACAACGCCAUCAGCAGCCUGGGUCACGGGAGGUUGAGGGGGGCGCCCCUGCUGCACGACCUCCUCCUCCAGCACAACAAGAUCACCCACGUCCCCGCCGACGCCUUCCUGGGUCUCUCCCACCUCCAGGUUCUGGCGCUGCAGAAGAACCAGAUCACUCACAUAGAGGAGGGCGCCUUCCUGCCUCUGGUCAGCCUCGAGGACAUCAACCUUGGGGACAAUGUUUUCCCGCAGCUGCCGCACGAGGGUCUGAAGCACGUGCUCUCCAUCAAGGUGCACAACAACCCGCACCUGCGCGUCUUCCCAGGGCCUGAGCACUUCCCACAGGUGCGCACCCUCGCCCUCUCCUACGCCUACCACUGCUGCCCCUUCCUCAGCCUAGAGGAGGAGGGCUGGACGGAGGAGGAGCCAUCGAUGAUCGGCGAGGACGUCCUCUUCGACGUGUCGCAGUUCCAGGACAUCCAUCCAGGACUCUGGAACACCUCCACGCAAUGGAAAUCCGAGGAAGUCUUGGCUAAGUUUAGGUCGGUGUGGGAUAACCUGGCAAGUGCCUUCUCUCUAGCCGUCACCACCUCCUCCUCCUCCUCCAACACCAACAUCACCACCACCGCCGCCGACAGCGCCACCGACAGCGCCACCGACAGCGCCGCCGCCUCCUCCUCCACCACCGCCGUCACCACCACAUCCUCCCGCAGUCAGUACACGCCCUCGCCCUCGGCGCCAGUGGGCGACCACCGCCCACACCAGGUCCUCCACGUGACUGCUUCCUCCCUCCGCCUGCGACCACAGUGUAUUCCUCUCCCAGGGCCGUUCAUGCCGUGCCGCGACCUCUUCGACUGGUGGACGCUGAGGUGUGGGGUGUGGAUCGUGUUCCUGCUGGCGCUGAUGGGGAACGGGGUGGUGGUGGUGGUGCUCGUCGCCGCCUACAGCAAGAUGGACGUGCCGCGGUUCUUGGUCACCAACCUCGCCGUCGCCGACUUCUUCAUGGGGGUCUAUCUCGGGUUCCUGGCAGUGGCGGACGCUUCUACCUUGGGGGAGUUCCGAAUGUACGCCAUCCCUUGGCAGAUGUCACCAGCAUGCCAGGUGGCGGGCUUCCUCGGGGUAUUGAGCUCGGAGCUGUCCGUGUACACCCUGGCUGUCAUCACCAUGGAGCGGAACUACGCCAUCACACACGCUAUGCACCUCCAGAAGCGGCUGUCCCUCCGGCAGGCCGCCUACAUCAUGGUUGUGGGUUGGAUGUUUGCCAUCACUAUGGCUGUGCUACCAUUAACGGGGGUUUCCGAUUAUCGUAAGUUCGCCGUCUGUCUGCCCUUUGAGACUGAUGGCGCUGGUCUGGGCUACGUGGUUUUCCUCAUGUUCAUCAACGGCGUGGCGUUCCUUAUCCUGAUGGGGUGUUACUUCAAAAUCUACUGUGCAAUUCGCGGCUCACAGGCCUGGAACAGCAAUGACUCGCGCAUCGCCAAGCGUAUGGCACUUUUAGUCUUCACAGACUUCAUUUGUUGGGCACCCAUUGCUUUUUUCUCUCUGACGGCGGCCUUCGACAUGCAUCUUAUCUCCCUCGAGGAAGCCAAAGUGUUUACAGUGUUCAUUUUGCCUCUGAACUCUUGUUGUAACCCAUUUCUCUAUGCCCUCCUAACUAAACAGUUUAAGAAAGAUUGUGUGAUGUUGUGCAAGACCAUCGAGGAGUCACGAGUAACUCGGGGUAUCGGUCGCUGUCGCCACUCGUCCAACUUCAGUAACCGCCAGACACCAGCCAACACAAAUAGCGCUAUCGACCACACCUCACAAGGAGACAAGCAGUCCUGCAGCUGUAAAGGUAAACAAGAGAAGAAGAAAAAGAAGAAGAAACUCCCUCGGUGGACUUUCACGUCACUGAAGUACUUCUUGUGUACCAGGGGAGCUGAGGAAAUUACGUCUUCAAGCGACACGAGUUACCAGACGGACCCUGCCCAGCACCGUGGGCCUCGACACACGUCUCUCUCCAGCGAUACAUACAGUGGAUCUUGGUCGGACACUUGGCGCAAAGGCCGUGGCUCCUCAACACUCAGGUUGAUGGACCGUCGCCGCCAUAACUCGUGGACAGCCUCCCACAAACCAUCCCAAGAGAGUAGUUUGUCAUCAUCUCGACCAGACUCCACAGCUACCUCGGCGUCGACAAGCACCUCAGGGUCAACAGCAACUUCGGCGUCGACAGCUACUUGGCGUAUCUCACGUUCAUCAGUCUCAUCAGAUACAUCUAACAGCAGUGGCAAAGUCAAGAGCAGCGAGCCCACUAAUCCUUCUCGACUUGGAUCACUACGGAGAGGGGAUGGGCGUGGGUUUGGACUAACACGUCAACACAGCCAGAGCCAGUUCGCCAAAGAGACGCUAUCAACCAGGCCGUCACCAAAUGGCCGUCCAAAACCUCGUCUGCAGCGUCAAGGAGCAGUGGAGCGAGAAGCCUACACGCCAGGUAAGGAGAACAGUGGUCUGGAGAGUCCUCCAUGUUCUCUUCAUCUGCGGCCAGACCAUUUGUCGUGUGUGUAUGAACAGAGCCAUGAGGAUGACAAUACGAUGGCUGGAAACAGCCCCAGUGGUGGCCUGCCAACCCAGCCAAAUCUCUUCCUCAGUCCAUAUAGUUUAGAUACUCCAUUAGAUGACAAUGUCUUUGUAGAUCCGCCUGACGAACAAGCUCCGGAACCACUGAGCCGUUCUCCCUCCCACGUUCAGGAAGUUUCCAUCACUAUGCCUUCUGACAAAGAUUUUGCCCCAGCAGCUACGGAGACAACAGCUCUCAUGACAGACAGCACCUCUGAUGCUAAAACUGACAAUUUAAAGGAACCCCAGCCUGGCAGAGUGUUGGAAACGCAUUUCCCGCUGGAAGUUCCAUUACCAGAGAUACGGCCAUUGAUCUAAUUCCCUCCACAGAGGAAAACUCAAAUCCCUAAGCCGUUCCAUCCAGUAACAUAUUUGGGUCGAGGAUUCUGCCAGGUACCUGGAUCACUACUUCCUCUACCAACAGUCAAUGUUCUAGCCAUGAUCUAGUAGCAUGAACAGAUGCUCCUACAACCAUAACAAUAGCAGCUUUGAAUGCUGCUCUCACUCUUCCAGUCACGUUUGGUUUCCAGGAACACUUCACACAAUAUCUCCUUAACCAUGGAGGCGAGUGUCCACAAUGCUUCCUGCUGUUCAGUUACGACUGUUAGCCCUAGAACACUCUCCAUGGUAUCUUCCGUUCAUGGUUCCUGGAGUCUGAAACGCUUCUCAAUGGUGCCAUGCCUUCCUGGAACAUCUCAUUAAUCACCUCACUAAACUUAAAUUUGUCCAGCCUGACCAAUCUCUGUUUCUCAAGCAUGGAUGCCCCGAGUAACUUUAACCGAGCUGCCUAUAAGCACCAAUAAAUGUUCCAGAUCUCGAGACACCAGAAGGCAAUCAUUCUUACAGACCCAACGAUCUGGCUUACUGGUGUGUGUGUGUGUCCCUGAGAAUAGGCAAGGGUGCAUGGAAUCUGCCUCGUAGUGCUCUUGGAGAACCUCGGGACUGGGACUCACAGUGUCCCAAGAUUUUAGCUCCAUCUGGGGUAAGUACAACGAUGUUCUCAACCAAGCAAGUGCAACGAUGCCCUCAAUCAAGCCAAAGAAUUGUAGUGUAGGCAAUGUAUGCAGUAGAUAUUAGAUAUUUAUAUACCCUAUGUCUUACUAUUUUAUGAGUAUUUAAUGAGUAUUUCACAAAGA